GAUAUAUAGCCUUAAGACGCAGCUGAUGCAACACUGGCCGGAGAUAACACAGGCGACGCGUCAGAGCGCAGCAGGCGACUGGAGCAGCUCGGAGCAGAAAGCCGCAUCUCAUUCUCGUCAAGUCACGCCGGAUUUUUGGUUUACUGCUCUUCUUAGACAUUAACUGACAAACCAUGCCUGUCAUCAGAACCCUCAGCAAGGUGGCCAAGCAGGCCCUGCUCAGCACCCCCGGGUGUGGCUGCCAGCCCCUAACGGUGGCUGUGCGCAACAUCAGCUUCUCCCCUCGACAGGUGACUUCCGAUGCCAGCUUCCAUUCUGUGUCCUUCUCUGAAACAGACCACCCCAAGGUGCUCAUCACAGGUGGCCUGGGACAGCUCGGGGUGGGACUGGCCAAAUUGCUCAGGAAGAGGUUUGGAAAGAACAACGUCAUUUUAUCUGACAUCAGGAAACCUCCAAGCAACGUUUUCCACAGUGGUCCCUUCAUCUACUCGGACAUCCUGGACUACAAGAACCUGCGGGAAAUUGUGGUGAACAACCGCAUCACCUGGCUGGUGCACUACAGCGCCCUCCUCAGCGCUGUUGGGGAGGCUAACGUGGCCUUGGCGCGCUCUGUUAACAUCACCGGACUCCACAACAUCCUGGACAUCGCGGCAGAGCACGGCCUGCGCCUGUUUGUCCCCAGCACCAUUGGUGCCUUUGGCCCCACUUCCCCCCGCAACCCAACACCAGAUCUGUGCGUUCAGAGACCUCGCACCAUUUAUGGAGUUUCCAAAGUCCACGCUGAGCUGAUGGGAGAGUACUACCACCACCGCUACGGCCUGGACUUCCGCUGUCUCCGCUACCCAGGAAUCAUCUCUGCUGAUUCCACGCCAGGAGGUGGCACGACAGACUACGCUGUGCAGAUUUUCCACGACGCCAUCAAAACCGGCAAGUUUGAGUGCAACUUGAGACCCGACACGCGGCUGCCCAUGAUGUACAUCGACGACUGUUUGCGCGCAACGCUGGAGGUGAUGGAGGCGCCGGUCGACACGCUCAGCAUGAGGACGUACAACAUCAACGCCAUGAGCUUCACCCCCGAGGAACUGACCCAGGAGCUGCAGAAGCAGAUGCCCGAGCUGGAGGUCACGUAUGACGUCGACCCAGUGCGACAGGCCAUUGCCGACAGCUGGCCCAUGAACUUUGACGACUCCAACGCACGGAGCGACUGGGGCUGGAAGCACGACUACGACCUCCCGGAGCUCGUCCAGACGAUGCUCAACUUCUUUGGCGCAGAGACGCGCAUGGCUCGCGCUAACUGAGGGCCUCUCUGCGGUGUUUCUUUGUACAUAAUGUGAAAACUGACCAAAGAGAAACGCGGCCUGUACAUAGUCAUUCUCUCGCUUCUCUCUGUAAAAUCAGAAGGGCUCCUCUUUCUCGACACAAGGCAACCGUGUCUCCAGAAUGUAAAGGUCAGUGCGGGCCUAGACAAUCCUUCCCCGCUCAUGCCUGUCUGACCCGCUUUCCCCCUGUUCUGCUUGGAGAUUUCGGUGAAGAGCAGCCUGUCAGUGGAACGGCGUCAGAUGUAUCAGGGAUAUCCACUUGGCCUGUGACAAAACAAUGAUGACUUGCAUGUUGUGCGAAAUUUUUCUGGGGAAAAAUUUAAGUUACAAAUUGGGAACGUUGCAUUGAGCAUUUGUCGGCAUUUCUACCUGUUUUACUUUGAAAGUCCAAAUGGGACAGGGGGUUGUUUUCUCUUAAAUUUCGAAAGGAUUUUCAACAUUCAGGUAUGCCCAAAGCUCCAAGGCUUGAAAUCAAUCAAGAGGUGUAUCCUUCAGUGCACUUUAGAAGGAAUUAUAUUCGAAACGAUGUGACAAAUAAAUGAGCCCCGUCACCUGCACGGGGUGAUUAUCUGAUACGGUGCAUCAGUGGGGCGCAGUAAUUCUUGCUCUUCGGUUUAUUCCACUUUAUUUAUUUUGUCGGUGUUAAAGUUAUGUUGAGGGGUGGGGGGGCGUUCUUGAAAUAAAGGGAUUUCUUAAGACUGUUGUUAGUUCCUUUCCACUUUUAUGUUGUUUUUUUUUUUUCAUCAAUCUGUGGAGCCUUUUGAAACGGUAGGGUUUGCGUUUAGCCACAUUUGGCGGUGUCUGUCGAAGAAUUGCUGAAACCGGUUUGAAAGUCUUCUCCCGAUCCCCCAACAGGCGUUGACAAUAAAGGUUUUUCCACGUA